AUGGGUUCGCGGUAUGAGGUGGAGGUGACAGUGGGCACGGCCCGGGACCUCAAGAACGUCAACUGGCGCAACGGCGACCUCAAGCCCUACGCCGUGCUCCGGAUCGACGCCGGCGCCCGCUGCUCCACCCGCGUCGACCUCGACAACAACGAGAACCCCGCCUGGGACGAGAAGGUCGUCGUCCCGCUGCCCCCCACCAGCCGCCUCCAUGACGCCGUGCUCUACCUCGACGUCGUCCACGCCAACGCCGCCGAGGGCGUCAAGCCGCUCGUCGGCUCCGCCCGGCUCCCGCUCCGCGACGUCGUCGACGACGCCGGCGUCGGAGGCAAGGCGUCCAGGAACCUGAAGCUGAAGCGGCCGUCCGGUAGGGCCCAGGGGAAGCUUGACGUCCGCGUCGCCGUGAAGGAGCCGGCGAGGUACUACGAGUCCUACCCGGCGCCCGCGGGGUACGGCUCCUCCCAGCCCGCCGUCCCCUACGGCGGUGGAUCCUCCCGUGAUGCCUAUGGUGGUGGGUACGGCGCUGGUGCUGGCGCGUACGGCGCCACGGCGGCGCCUCCGUCUGGGUACCCCGGCUACGGCUCCACGGAGCCGGCUCCCCAGGCUGCCGCACCGUACGGCUCUGCUCUGGGACCCAGGAUAGGCGGGCCGGGGCGCACCUGCUCUAAAAUCUAUUUUCGCUCUGCUCCACAGCCCUACGGCGCCGCACCGCCGACACAGGGAGCAGGCGCGUACGGCUCCUCUGCUCCGGCUUACGGCGCCGCGCAACCAGCUCAGGCGGCGGGGUACGGCACGACGGGGGUGGCCCUGGACCAGAGCGGCGGGAAGAAGAAGAAGGGGAUGGGCAUGGCUGGCGGGCUGGCGGUGGGCGCGGCGGCGGGCGUGCUUGGCGGGCUGGCGCUGGCGGGCGGGGCGCGCUACGUGGAGCACAAGAUCGAGGACCGCGUGACCGAGCGCGUGGAGGAGGACAUGUACGGCGGCGACUACUAG